CCCCGGGGACGGCACCGAGCGGGGGCGGGUCCGCGGUCGCCUGCGCGGUUCCGGGUGCUCCCGCCGCGCGCAGCCCAGGGCGCACUAGACCGGAGUCAGGCUGCGGGGAAGGGCGGGUCUGGGGAGAACCCCCGAGCGCCGCCGCGUCCCUCAGCCCCUCCUCCUCGCGGCCGCCAGAGCCAGAGCCGGCGCCACCUCGCCCCUCGGCGCGCGCGCUCCCAGCCAUGGCUUUCGCCAAUUUCCGCCGCAUCCUGCGCCUGUCUACCUUCGAGAAGAGAAAGUCCCGCGAAUAUGAGCACGUCCGCCGGGACCUGGACCCCAACGAAGUGUGGGAGAUCGUGGGCGAGCUGGGCGACGGCGCCUUUGGCAAGGUUUACAAGGCCAAGAACAAGGAGACAGGUGCCUUGGCCGCCGCCAAAGUCAUUGAGACCAAGAGUGAGGAGGAGCUGGAGGACUACAUCGUGGAGAUUGAGAUCCUGGCCACCUGCGACCACCCCUACAUCGUGAAGCUCCUGGGAGCCUAUUACUAUGAUGGGAAGCUGUGGAUCAUGAUCGAGUUCUGUCCUGGGGGAGCCGUGGAUGCCAUCAUGCUGGAGCUGGACAGAGGCCUCACCGAGCCCCAGAUUCAGGUCGUUUGUCGCCAGAUGCUGGAAGCCCUCAGCUUCCUGCACGGCAAGAGGAUCAUCCACCGGGACCUGAAGGCCGGCAAUGUGCUGAUGACCCUCGAGGGAGACAUCCGGCUGGCUGACUUUGGUGUAUCUGCCAAGAAUCUGAAAACUCUGCAGAAACGAGAUUCCUUCAUCGGAACGCCUUACUGGAUGGCCCCCGAGGUGGUGAUGUGUGAGACCAUGAAGGACACUCCAUACGACUACAAGGCUGACAUCUGGUCCCUGGGCAUCACUUUGAUUGAGAUGGCCGAGAUAGAGCCCCCGCACCACGAGCUCAACCCCAUGCGAGUCCUGCUUAAGAUUGCCAAGUCAGACCCCCCGACGCUGCUCACACCUUCUAAGUGGUCUUUGGAGUUCCGAGACUUCCUAAAGACGGCCCUGGAUAAGAACCCAGAGACCCGGCCCAGUGCCGCACAGCUCCUGGAGCAUCCCUUCGUCAGCAGCGUCACCAGUAACAAGGCCCUGCGGGAGCUGGUGGCUGAGGCCAAGGCCGAAGUGAUGGAGGAGAUCGAAGACGGCCGGGAUGAGGGGGAAGAAGAGGACUCUGUGGACCCCACCUCACCUCUGGGGAACCACACUCGGGACUCUUCUAAGGUGAGCCAGCUGAGCCUCAAUGCUGACAGUCUUCUCAAAGAAUCGUCUUUCACUCCACUGCCACCCAGCCAGUCUCAAGAAAGUGUGAAUGGGCCCAGCCAGCCCUCUGGGGACAGAUCCCUCCAGACCACCAGCCCCGCAGCUGUGGCCCCUGGCAAUGAGAAUGGCCUAGCAGUGCCUGUGCCCCUCCGGAAGUCCCGACCAGUGUCAAUGGAUGCCAGAAUUCAGGUGUCUGAGGAGAAGCAAGCCACUGACCAGGGUGGGGACCGUAGUCCAGCAGCCAACAGGUCCCAAAAAGCAAGCCAGAGCCGUCCCAACAGCAGUGCCCUGGAGACCCUGGUCGACAGUAAGCUGGCCAACGGCAGCCUGGAGCUCCCUGCCCAACCAGGCCCUUCCCAGAGGGACUCGGACUGUGGCAGCCUCUCCGCCUCUGAGAGCAUGGACUACAGCAGCUCCCUCUCAGCUGACCUGUCCCUGAACAGAGAGUCCGGCUCUCUGUCCAUCAAGGACUCAAGGCUGCACAAUAGAACCCUCAAGAGGACACGCAAGUUUGUGGUGGAUGGCGUAGAGGUGAGCAUCACCACCUCCAAGAUCAUCAGCGAAGAUGAGAAGAAGGAUGAGGAGAUGAGAUUUCUCAGGCGCCAGGAACUCCGAGAGCUUCGGCUGCUCCAGAAAGAAGAGCAUCGGAACCAGACCCAGCUGAGCAGCAAGCAUGAGCUGCAGCUGGAGCAGAUGCACAAACGUUUUGAACAAGAAAUCAACGCCAAGAAGAAGUUCUUUGACAUGGAGCUGGAGAACCUGGAGCGUCAGCAAAAGCAGCAAGUGGAGAAGAUGGAGCAAGACCACGCUGUGCGCCGCCGGGAGGAGGCCAAGCGGAUCCGCCUGGAGCAGGACCGGGACUACACCAAGUUUCAGGAGCAGCUCAAGCUGAUGAAGAAGGAGGUGAAGAAUGAGGUGGAGAAGCUCCCCAGGCAGCAGCGGAAGGAGAGCAUGAAGCAGAAGAUGGAGGAGCACACACAGAAAAAGCAGCUUCUCGACAGGGACUUCCUGGCCAAGCAGAAGGAGGACCUGGAGCUGGCGAUGAAGAAGAUCACGGCCGACAACAGGCGGGAGAUCUGCGACAAGGAGCGCGAGUGCCUCACGAAGAAGCAGGAGCUCCUUCGAGACCGGGAGGCGGCCCUGUGGGAGAUGGAGGAGCAUCACCUGCAGGAGCGGCACCAGCUGGUGAAGCAGCAGCUCAAAGACCAGUACUUCCUCCAGCGGCACGAGCUGGUGCGCAAGCACGAGAAGGAGCGGGAGCAGAUGCAGCGCUACAACCAGCGCAUGGUGGAGCAGCUGAAGGUGCGGCAGCAGCAGGAGAAGGCGCGGCUGCCCAAGAUUCAGAGGAGCGAGGGCAAGACGCGCAUGGCCAUGUACAAGAAGAGCCUCCACAUCAACGGCGCCGGCAGCCCCGCUGAGCAGCGCGAGAAGAUCAAGCAGUUCGCCCAGCAGGAGGAGAAGAGGCAGAAGUCGGAGCGGCUGCAGCAGCAACAGAAACAUGAGAACCAGAUGCGGGACAUGCUGGCACAGUGCGAGAGCAACAUGAGUGAGCUGCAGCAGCUGCAGAAUGAAAAGUGUCACCUCUUGGUAGAGCAUGAAACCCAGAAGCUGAAGGCCCUGGAUGAGAGCCAUAACCAGAACCUGAAGGAAUGGCGGGACAAGCUUCGGCCACGCAAAAAGGCUCUGGAAGAAGAUCUGAACCAGAAAAAGCGGGAGCAGGAGAUGUUCUUCAAAAUGAAUGAGGAGUCAGAGUGCCUGAACCCCGCUACCCCAAACAAGGCCACCAAGUUCUUCCCCUACAGCUCUGCGGAUGCCUCUUAACAGCCACCUGGGGCUGUGGCUGGCGGGCUGGCAGGCCUCCGGGGCCCUCCCAUUCUCUGUGAACAAGUAACUCAGGACCCCCUUCCCUCUUGCUCCCGUGCCAGCUCGAAUCCAGCCCCCAGCCUAGUGCCGCCCCAGCUGCGCCCCACAGACCCACUCUGGUGUUCCUGACUUCUCGCUCACUCACGCGGGUGAGGUUUAUUAUGUCGCCUGACCCUAAUGUUUGUUCUCUUUGAGCCCCGGAUCCCUUCAAGCUGUCAGAGAUUUGGGCUGUUGGUGGGGUCAGUGUCCAGGAGGAAUGGGCGUUCUGUGGCCUCAAGGCCCCUCCUGUUUGCCAGUACACCAGUUUUGCUGUCUGUGGGCACAAAGCACUGCCACUGAAAUCACCACGGGCUGGUCCAUAUUGUAAUUCUGGUGGCUUUUAAGCCCUUCCCUGCAGUGCCAGACAAGAAUCACGGCUCCAAACAGCCAUUUUGUUCUCAGUGGAGCCUGGCUGCAGCUAGCUGCUCAGGGGUGCUCUCAUUCCCCCAGUACCUCAGUUUGCCUUCCUCUUGAGACAAGGCUGGGUCUAUGACGGUGGGAUGAGGGAGAGUCUAAACCCUUCAUCCUGCUGGUCUCGGGGCUUUCGUGCCAUCUCCUGUCCCCCGUUUCUGCACACACACACACACACGCACGGCUUGGCUCCUGGUGUCCCCUUUUUCUGCACACACACACACGCACACAUGGCCCAGCCCCCAGUGUCCCCCUUUUCUGCACACACGCACAUUCACAGCCUGGCCCCUAGCGCUACCCAAGCUUGCCUCUGCCGUGGGCCUCUUGUGCCAGGUGGGUUGGAGCACGGUUACUGCCUGAGCCUGCGCCCCUGAGCAUAGUAGGUGGAGCCACUGGUAUGGGGUGUGCUGGAUGUUGGCACCAGAGGCACAGGGUGGCACAGGCUGAAGUGCCGGUCCACAGUUCCUUUUGGCCCCCACAUGGGAUCCUGUGUUCAGGGAUAAAUUCCUCAUCACACAAGACCUUCACUACCCAGUCUGCUCCCGUCUCACCCUUGCCCAUCCUGUCUGCAGGUGAUAUGGGAAGGCUGUUGCCCUCUGCCCCUCCUAGUUCAGGGGUCUGUCCUUACACUUCAGACAGAGGCUGGCAGUCACUGGACUUCUGUUCAGGAAGAAAAAGCAUCAGGGGGAAACGUAAUGCUUUCUUCCCCCAGGAACAUGGCAGAAGCAAAGCUUCUCUGUCUCAUGGAAUCCUGGGCCUUUGGGUUACUCAUUGGCCUCCCACAGAUUCCGAGCCCCACAGGCUGCAGGGUGUAGAUAACCCAUAAAGCAAAUGCUCAGACCGGCCUUUGGUUUAUUUACAAAGAAAACUUCUUUUCACUUUGAUUUCUAACUUGAAACAAAUAUAAAUGAAUGGCUUCUUCAGGAAGAUACCUACUUUAAAAAAAUAUAACAGCCAAGGGAAGAUGAUUUCAAGGAAUCACAUGGGCAUAUGGAGUCUGGGUGCCAUUUUGCUGGUGAUAGAGUGGCUGACACACCCCAGAGGACAUUCUCCUUCAUUCCUACAGGUUAAGGUCCAAUGCUUUGUCUUUCUGAAGCAAUUCCCUGGAAGUUUUCUUUGCACUUGUCGUAACUGGAUCUUGGAAGGGAGGGAGGCCAUUUGACCGGAGAAGGGCCUUGGGGUUCCCAAGUCUCACAUAUGCAGUAAAGAUGCUCUGAGGGCCAUGGGAAGGCAGUGGUCCUCUUAGGUUAGUGAGCAUUCAGCUUGCCUGCUUCAGUGUUUGACCCAAUGGGACAGUUUUCAGGUUUCACACAAAGGAGACAAGUGAAACAACUGUCCCUUUGAUUCUCUUUGGGGCACGUGCUGGGAGAACGUGGGCUAGCAGCAGUGUAGCUACGGAACACAGAGCCAGCUCCGCCCGGCGAGGCCAGCAGCGGCACAUUGUCAGGCAGGGCUCAUUUGGGCUUUGUUGGCAGUGUUGCCAUCUGCAGCCGGGGUGUGAGAAGGAGUAUUCGCUGAAAUGCCAGUCCCGUGGUUCAGGUGCAAGUCUUGAAUCGUUCCCUUAUUGGGCUUGUCAUUCACAUUGGAAUCUCGCUCAAGGAGGUGCUGCAUCCCUGCUCACUGCUGCCUGAGCCCCACUAGCUCCCCCGUCCUUUCUGGGUGGGGGUGGUCGGGUCUCCCAGUGUCAUGGUUGAGCCAACGUGCAAUGCCCAUCGCUGAGCAGGCCCAUGCGGUAUUCCUCGUGUCCUGGGCUAGUGUUUUCUCUGUAAGGGACAGACGGAACUGUUUCUCCUUUUCAGUCGAUUUUUGGCAGAGUAAAUAUAACUAACUUAUAUUCUCCCUUUAUGAAGGAUAGAAGUUAUUUUUAUGUAGUUUCCAAACUUUAUACGAAACGUUUGUAAAAUGUUCUCUGCAAAGUUAACUGCAAGAAUGUAAAUAUGCUUUUAAUAAAACAACAAGGUGAGAAA